AUGCCACUCUCAAAGGAUGCUGCACCCCUCAUGAAGGAGCCUCAGCCCUCACUGCUGCUCCCAUGCUCCUGGUUCCUCCCAAGCCUGUUUUCUGCCUUCAACGUGAUGCUGCUGGUCAUUUUCAGUGGCCUCUUCUUCGCAUUCCCUUGAUGUGCCUCUGGACUCAGUUGCAGGUGGCAGGUUCAGAAUGGGGAGUGGGCCUUUCCCAUCAUCACAGGCCUUCUCUUUGCCCUUACCUUCUUCAGUCUCGUUUCACUCAACUUCUCAGACCCUGGCAUCUUACAUCAAGGCUCUGUGGAGCAGGACCCCAUGAUGGUGCACGUGGUGUGGGUGAACCACCAGGCCUUCCGCCUGCAUUGGUGUCCAAAGUGCUGCUUCCACCGCCCACCCCGGACCUACCACUGCCCCUGGUGCAGCAUCUGUGUGGAGGACUUUGACCACCCCUGCAAGUGGGUCAAUAACUGCAUCGGUCACCGCAAUUUUCGAUUCUUCUAGCUGCACCUCCUGUCCUUGUGCCUCUACUCCGGUGCCAUGACGGUCACCUGCCCGAUCUUCCCGAGGCGCACGGCCCGCCUGCCCUGCUCCACGGACAGGGCUGUCGCGUGUCCGCCCAAGGCCUCGGGUCCACGGCGGGGGACAGAGGUGAGCGAGGCCAUAUCCUGGACUUGUGUUGAUGAGGAGCCUGAAAUCGGUGAUGUGUGGGGUGAAGGGGUGAAACUAAGGGCAGCAGAGGUCAAAGACAUCAAAACGGACGAGUCCAAAAACAAAUCUGAGCGGUGGAAAAAGCAUCUCGCUCCUCUUCCUGUUUCCAUCCUCCUUCAGUAUAGAUACCUUCAGGAAUACAGCCCCUACAACCAAGGCUGUGUCCGCAACUGGUAUUUAACAAUCUGUGCACCGCUAGGACCCAAGAGCCUGGGGUACAUGGCUGAAGCUGUCCAACUGCAGAGAGGGGUCGGGCCCAACGUUAAGCCCAUGCUGAACCCGCACUCCCCAGGGUGCCCCGCUGCUCUUGGUCCCCUGGGCCUCCGUGGCCCCCAGCCCCAGCCUCUGAGUCUCUACAAACCAGGAAAUGGUCCCCCAGAGAGUGGUGUGGCUGCGGCUCUCCAGGAAGUGAGGAGUGUGUGUGCGUAUGUGUGUGUGCGCCUUCAGAUUGUGUGGACUGGGGGAAAGCCCCUGAACUGGAGCAUUCAGAGCCUGGGGAGGAGGGUCCUAGACCCAGAAGGGCAACCAGAGUAG